UGAGGCUGAGCUUCCGGGGUCUGUAGCUGGAGCGCCGGAGUAAGAGCAGGAUCAGCUGAACUACAGAAGAAAUGAAAAUAUUCUCCUAAAAUUCAUCACCAACAACCAGGAUAUUUAUCAAAAAGCAGUGUCAAACUGCUGAAAGAGGUGAAGCAAAAGCCAUCCAGAAGAAUCUCCUGAAAACGCAGAAAUUGUUUGCUACAUUUCACAGACAGAUGGAGCCAAGUCCCGACAUGGAGAAACAUCAGCACUCUGUCAAGAGUUUUACUAAACAGAGUGAUCUCAAAAAACACCAGCGCAUUCACACAGGAGAGAAACCACAUCACUGCUCAGACUGUGGGAAGAGUUUUACUAAACAGAGUGAUCUCAAAAAUCACCAGCGCAUUCACACAGGAGAGAAACCGUAUUACUGUUUCGACUGUGGGAAGAGUUUUACUAAACGGAGUACUCUCAAAAUACACCAACGCAUUCACACAGGAGAGAAACCGUAUUACUGCUCAGACUGUGAUAAGUGUUUUACUAAACAGAGUAAUCUCAAACUGCACCAGCGCAUUCACACAGGAGAGAAACCGUAUCACUGCUCAGACUGUGGGAAGAGUUUUACUCAACAGAGUAAUCUCAAAAAUCACCAGCGCAUUCACACAGGAGAGAAACCGUAUUACUGUUUCGACUGUGGGAAGAGUUUUACUAAACGGAGUACUCUCAAAAUACACCAACGCAUUCACACAGGAGAGAAACCGUAUUACUGCUCAGACUGUGAUAAGUGUUUUACUAAACAGAGUAAUCUCAAACUGCACCAGCGCAUUCACACAGGAGUGAAACCGUAUCACUGCUCAGACUGUGGGAAGAGUUUUAAUCAACAGGGUAAUCUCAAAAAUCACCAGCGCAUUCACACAGGAGAGAAAUCGUAUUACUGCUCCGAUUGUGGGAAGAGUUUUACUGAACAGAGUAGUCUCAAACUGCACCAGCGCAUUCACACAGGAGAGAAACCGUAUCACUGCUCAGACUGUGGGAAGAGUUUUACUAGACAGAGUGAUCUCAAAAAUCACCAGCGCAUUCACACAGGAGAGAAACCGUAUUACUGCUCCGAUUGUGGGAAGAGUUUUACUGAACAGAGUAGUCUCAAAAUACACCAGCGCAUUCACACAGGAGAGAAACCGUAUCACUGCUCAGACUGUGGGAAGAGUUUUACUAAACAGAGUAAUCUCAAAAUACACCAGCGCAUUCACACAGGAGAGAAACCGUAUUACUGUUUCGACUGUAGAAAGAGUUUUACUGAACAGAGUCAUCUCAAAAAACACCAGCGCAUUCACACAGGAGAGAAACCGUAUCACUGCUCAGACUGUGAUAAGAGUUUUACUCAACAGAGUCAUCUCAAAAUACACCAGCGCAUUCACACAGGAGAGAAACCGUAUCACUGCUCAGACUGUGAUAAGUGUUUUACUACACAGAGUAAUCUCAUACUGCACCAGCGCAUUCACACAGGAGAGAAACCGUAUCACUGCUCAGACUGUGGGAAGAGUUUUACUCAACAGAGUCAUCUCAAAAUACACCAGCGCAUUCACACAGGAGAGAAACCGUAUCACUGCUCAGACUGUGGGAAGAGUUUUACUCAACAGAGUCAUCUCAAACUGCACCAGCGCAUUCACACAGGAGAGAAACCGUAUCACUGCUCAGACUGUGGGAAGAGUUUUACUUUACAGAGUGAACUUAUAUUACAUCAGAGCAUUCACAAAAGAUAGAAAAGUAUCCCAAAUCUGUUCCUCUGCCAUAAAAAAUGCAAACCUUAAAUCUUUCAGACAGCCAAAAACACCUCAUCAUGCACAAAAUCUUCACUCUGUUACAAGAACUUCAUUUAAAAAUGGCUUUUUACAGGUUCAGAAAAAUGAAUCUUAUCCAGAGAUGAUGUUUACUGAAUUUCAUGCUGUGUUUUUAUGUAUGUUUGUAUACCUACAUUAGUUAAUGCCUGCAGAGCUCUUCAACACUUAGUGUUGUGUUUUAAGAAGUUUUUACACACAGAAUCAUAAAUGGUACCACUAACAGCAUAAACUAGGAACAUACAUUUUUACAAUUUUUUUCAGUGAUAUGCUGAGUAAAUAGUAAAGCAAUGAUGCUAGCUCAGAGUAAAAUCGUAUAUUAAAUCUCAGCAUUAGCUUUAGAACUAAUAAUAAACAAAAGUGAGGAUUUUAUCAUUCUGGGACAUUUUUAGGUUUAAAAAUUGAAUAUGCUUUGCCAUAAGUAGGAAAUGAUCAUUUGGUCAACUUAUGUCAUUUACAGCCUUAACACAUUCUCAAUUGUUUACAUAUAAAAACUUUCUUUAUUUUUUCCUCCACUCCACGUUUGUAGUUUGUAGUUGGAGCGAGGGCACUGCCAGUGUUUGCUCCAGAUGUUAGAUUAGCAUUACUUAGUCUUUUAAAAUUUAGAUGUCGUAGUUUAAAGGAGUAGAGUAUUCUUAGGAGUAGAGAAUAUUCUUAGCUUGCAACAAAAGGCCAACAAAAUCCUUUUCAGAGUUUAAAAAAAAAAAAAAAACGGUCUAGCUGUAGUUUCCAUACUGAAAGCAACACUCAGCAGGCUAUGCAGCAGUAAGACUGCAGGAUCCUUGAUUCCCUCUACUGCACAUGUGUCAAACACAAGGCCCGCGGGCCAAAUGUGGCCACAUCCAAGCGAGAGCUUGUAAGAUCUUAGUGUCUAUAAUAAAUAGGUCAGAAGCGUUCUUUGACCAAAAACUACAUUAACCACAAUGCUUGUCGAUUGUAUUACCCGCGAAGUUACUUACUGCCACUACACAGCAGUGUAGUCAUUGAUGUGGAAACCCUGCCGGAGGGAAGGCGUAACUUCGCGGGUGGAAUUGAGACAUACAAACGUUUAUCCCAUAAUGUCCAGAAAAAGAGAAGCUGAUGCAGACGGACGGCUGUGUUUCAAGGCGAAAGACCGGUAUGCCUUUUGUGUUACGAAGAGUGUUACUGACCAAAAUAAACGCUUGUUAGGAGAGAUAUAAGUUCUGUGUAAAUAUUUAUAAGACAAUAGCUGACAAAAUCUGUUUUAAUGAUGUUAAUAAACAUCACUGUGUCAGCGCUAGUCACAGUUUCACCUCAGCAAAGGAGGAGGACGUGAAUCACUAAUCUAACCAGCCCUGAUUUCUGCCCCAAUAACCCUUUCAAUAACCUCUAAUAGCCUUUAAUAGUCUUCAGUAGCCUUCAACAGUCUAACCUUGCAGCCGUGGUGUGUUCUAAACUCCGUAGUUAUAAACAUCCUGAGGUUAGCAGCGCGCUAACUGACCUGUUUAUAAUGUAAUCCGAGCAGUGACUCCGUGACUCUGCUUUAAACUGCUGCUGUUAGCUGCUUGGGCUGAAAGAUGAACUGUAGAGAGCUGUAUUAUUCGGUUAGUGGGGUUAAAAAUCUUUAUUUUCUACACAGAAGAAUUUUAAAAACUGUAAAAACGCUCCAGACUGGCUCAGCUGAGCCCUGUAGCCCGUGGCUGGGCUGUAGCUCUGACUGAGUAAAGACUGCGGGCUUGUGCUGCUGCUGCAGCUCCGACUAGUGGUUGUAUGAGGAACUGCUAAAUCUAUCACAUGUUCUUAACAGCUCACAAUUUUUAAUUUUAUAUUUAUUAAGCCUUAUUUCAGUAUCAAACGUUUUGAUCUAAGUUAAUGUAACUUGUAUUUUAUGUCAUUUCUAUUCACUUGACUAGUUUGGUUCUUGAUUGAUGGAGUUUUUGGAUUUCAUAACAUGACAAAUUAAAAGGAUUUAUGUUAAUAGAGCAACAAGCAAACAUUUUUCCCAUGCAACUGUAAUAUUUGAUUGAAUAAAUAAUAUAUUGAGAGUUAUUUAACAUUAAGGAGUAAUAACAUUCAUUUUAUAUUACAUUUGGUUACAUUUUAUUACAUUUAUAAGUUCCAUCUGGCCCUCAGAGGACAGCCAAUAUGCCAAUGUGGCCCUCGGCUAAAAUGAGUUUGACACCCCUGCUCUACUGGUUUUCUCAUUGGUCUAUGGUUCAGUCAGUCUGAUUAAAAAUCUGCAAGUUAAUCUACAGGGAUAUUUGGUUGUGUUGUGUUGCUAAAGUUAUAUACUCUGUUAUCUUUUCCUUAUUUGGUAUCGUUUUGCUAAAGGGUUUUUUUAUAUCUCUAAAGGUACUAAAAAUAUCUAAUCCAUUUACUUUAUUGAUUGUUUUAUCCAGUACCAGCUAUUAUCGUUGUUUUACAUCACCUUAUGUAUUUACUCAUAUUCAUAUCUAUGUGAUUCAAUAAAAGGCUUUUAUAUUGCAAGAUCUGCAAUCUUAUCUAUUCUUUCAACUUAAGCAUUUAGCCAAAAGCUUUUGUACACAGCCAAACAUACAUUCAAGCAACCACUAUAUACAGUGCCUUGCAAAAGUAUUCGGCCCCCCCUUGAACUUUUCAAACUUUUGCCACAUUUUGGGCUUCAAACAUAAAUAUAUGAUUUUUUGGUUUGUUUUUUUGUGAAGAAUUAACAAGUGUGUAAGAAUACGGAGGAGUUUUGCCUUACUAUGUUCAUUGUUCAUUGAUUAAAGGGUUAAUCUGUGUGUAACUAAAUCAGCAUUUCACUUAAUCAGUAUGUUAUUCAAGCAUUUAGCACGAUUCAUGAUGAUUCACAUUGUGACUUAGAAUGUAUGUAUAUUGUGUCCUUGUGCUCAAAGCAAGGCCGUUUUUCUUGCAACUUAGCAUGAUUGAUUUUUUCCAGCAGAACCAUGAGUUUCUGUACAUGUAAUCUAUAGUCUGAUAAGGUUGGGGUGACCGAGUUCUCGGCUGACGUAUAGGAUGAAUAACUGCUUAUCAGUAUCAGGAUCCGGGGGGUGUGAGGAGCCUCCUCACACACCAUUAGACUGAGGCCAGGCGAAUGCCUGUAUUUAUUAGACUCUGUCUAGGAAGAAGAGUAGAGUUGGGCGGGAGAGCUUCUCCCGAGAGGGACUACAGAGCCACAGGUCCUGGUCACGCAGCCGAGAACUCUGGAAACCCCAACUUUUCUCACCUUUGGGGUUUUCCUCUUAUUUUCACCUUUUUAUUUCAAUUCAAUUUUCAAUAAUCUUUUUACUCAAUUUUUGAUGUAUCCAAAAAAACUGUUUUGCUCAGAAGAUUCUUUGAAUAAAAUCUGACGGAACUACAA